AUGGGUUUAGUUGUUGUGCCCGCUCAAAUCCAACUGAAUGGAAUCUCUGAAAAAAGGACAUCUGUCAAAGGCAUCGUGCAGUUAAGAAUAUUGUCCGAACCUCAAUUUGAUAUUGCUCUUUCUACCGAAGCUAUUGUAGUAGAUCAAAUUGCUGGCAAUCUUCCUGUCUUUCUGCUUCACCCCGCACUAAAGAAUUCGUUUGCGCAUCUGAACCUUGCUGAUCCUAAUUUUGAUGAGCCUGCUGAAAUCGACCUACUGAUUGGUGCCGAUUUAUACUCCAACAUCCUUAUAUCCGCAGAAAAUUCCAUUAUUCCUGGUAACCCUGCCGCCUUUGCCACAAUCUUUGGUUACGUUUUAAGUGGUAGAUUGAAUAUUGAGGACUCGCCCGCACCGCUCAACGAAAUGCAGCUCAUUUGCACUAUGUUUGCACAGGAAGCACAGCUCAACACCAUCAUGAACAAAUUUUGGGAAACCGAAGAGGCCAUCCCCGUUCGAAAAGAGUCAUCGCCCGAAGACGAGUUGUGUGAGAAACUGUACCAAUCCACUACUUAUUGCACCUCUGAAGGAAGGUAUGUUGUGGCACUGCCUUUCAAACCUGGCGCUCCCGCCCUGUGCAAUAACCGCAAUCAGUUAGGACUACUGAAAAAACUGAGUCAAUCUGAUGAACUUGAAACCAAAUACUCUGACUUCAUGCAUGCGUAUCGUGACUUAGGUCACUUGAAAAUCGCUGAUUCCGCUGUAGAUUACAUCAUCCCACAUCACACAAUAUUCAAGAAAAACGACAACAAUCAAAAAAUUCGAGUUGUUUUCAACGCAUCUAGCAAAGACGCCAAUGGGCUCUCACUUAACGAUGUGUUGCUGCCUGGAGCUAAACUUCAAACAAACAUAGUCCAAGUGUUAACCCGCUUUCGUUCAUACCGCUUUGUCAUCCUUGCAGACUGCAAAUAA